UGUGACGGCACAAUGCUGUGGUGCGGUGUGUGGCUGCGGGGCGGUGAGCGGCAGGAGGCGGGGCAGGCGGUGGCGCCUCAGUAGUGCACGAGCUCUCCCGAGCAGCUGCCAAAGCCUUCGCAGCAAUAGCGGCAGCAGAGGGGCAGGCGGCGCGGAUAAGCCGCUCGGUGGAGGCGCGAGCAGCCGAGCUCUGAGCCCCCCCUCUCGCGUCUCCUCCUCCUCCUCCUCCUCCUCCCCACCCCCACCCCUCGCGCGCUCUCCCUCCCCUGCCCAGAGCCAGCCAGCAGCCGGGAUCUCAGUAUUAUGGCAUCGAGGAGAAUGGAGACCAAACCCGUGAUAACGUGUCUGAAAACCCUGCUCAUCAUCUACUCCUUCGUUUUCUGGAUAACUGGUGUUAUCCUUCUUGCUGUUGGUGUCUGGGGGAAGCUGACUUUAGGCACAUAUAUUUCUCUUAUUGCUGAAAACUCCACUAAUGCGCCCUAUGUCCUCAUUGGGACUGGCACCACAAUUAUUGUCUUCGGCUUGUUUGGAUGCUUUGCCACUUGUCGUGGUAGCCCAUGGAUGCUGAAGCUGUAUGCCAUGUUCUUGUCCCUGGUCUUCCUGGCUGAGCUAGUGGCUGGUAUUUCAGGCUUUGUGUUUCGCCAUGAGAUAAAGGAUACUUUCCUUAGGACAUAUACCGAAGCCAUUCAGAAUUACAAUGGAAAUGAUGAGAAGAGCCGUGCAGUGGAUGAUGUACAACAGAGUCUGAGUUGCUGUGGUAUCCAGAACUACACCAACUGGAGCACUAGCACUUACUAUACUGAACAUGGCAUCCCCCCGAGCUGUUGCAUAAACGCCAGUGACUGUAAUCCUUCCGAGCUGUACAAUAUGACCACAGCUGCGGCUAAAGUCAACCAGAAGGGCUGUUAUGACCUGGUGACCAGUUUUAUGGAGACAAAUAUGGGAAUUAUAGCUGGAGUGGCUUUCGGAAUUGCAUUCUCACAGUUGAUUGGAAUGCUGCUGGCAUGCUGUCUGUCCCGAUUUAUUACUGCCAACCAAUAUGAGAUGGUGUAACAAGGGAUGUGUACUACAGCUCUUGUUUUCAAUCAGAAACUGGAUUAUUCUUGGAAGACUUCUAAAGAAUGUUUAGAGCACAUACACAACUACACCGACACCCUCAUAAAACCAAUCGCCACCUUCUAAACUCUGUACCAUGCGUAGUGUACCAUUCCGUGAAGUACUGUCGUGCCACAAAAGUAGCCUGAAGCAUUCAGCAUCCAGUACUGUACACUCUACCCUGAAGGCUCUGCAUAUGAUGGCACUAUAUGUAUGUUCUUGGUCAGACUGUAGUUGCAUUGUAAAGUUAACAGAGGUAAUUCAUUAACAACAAUGAUUGGGCUGUGCAUGUAGUGACUGGAGGGCAUAAUUAGCCUUUCACCAUGGUUAAUAAAUGUCGCACACAUCCAUAUUAAACUUGUAAACUAUAUAUAUAAAUAUAUAUAUAUAAUUUUGGUUAUCAAAUUUUUGAUUUCUUGGUUUUGUUUACUGCUUUACUAAAGUUUUUCAGUCUACUUACUACCACCCCCAACUGUCCCAAACAAGAAGAAAUGAUGUAGAGAUACUUGAAAAAAGAAAUGUCCAAAACGUGCUUGAGGGAAAUAGUUCUUUUGAUGUUCUGCUGCAUCUUUGAUUCUUAAUCCAUGUUGUAUGCCUAGUUCGUUUGCCAGUAGGCCUUUGUCUAGUGCAUUUUGCCUCUGAAUCUGAACUUGUGUAAUACUGUUACUAAGCUGUGUUGUUUGCUUACUAUGAAGGCGGUAAUUUUUGCUUCCUUUUUCUAAGAUAAUUAUGGCCUUUCAAAUUGUGCUGUAAUGCAACCUUAUUUCUUCCCUUUUUUUCCCUUUCACUAUCCUUUUGCAUUGAAGUUACCACCAAAUACAGUGUCAAAUCAAUCAAACUUUAAAAGAAAAAAAAAAGAGCAUAUGGAAUAUUUUUUGGGGGGUGGGGAGCAAAAGUUUAGGACCUUUUUAAAAAAAAUAGGAAUUUUUUAAUAAGGCCUCUGUCUAGCAUGCCAACAAGAAUGCAUUGAUAUUGUGAGUAUUUGUGAUAUACAUAUUAAUAAAUGGAACCAUUACAGA